CAUAUGUACAAUAUGAUAAUAACAACAUUGUUACUGAUAAAGCCAACUAUUGCGGCCGUUCGAUCUAUUUCUAUUUACUACUUAUGCGAGUGAAUUCAGUGCCAAAUCGCCAAUGUGCGACGGAGAACGUUUUGUAAUUUCGGUUGAAGCCAGGUGCCCUGUUACAUAUAGAUUUCUACAAUCCGGUGAAUUUUGAGGGAUUUAAAAAUGACGUUUUGGGAAGAUCGACCACAAACGAUUGCCGUUAUACCGGAUGCAUUUAUUUUUCUCACAUCGGGCAUGAACUUGGCUCUUAGCAUGGGCUAUUAUUGUAAUCCAGUUACGUCACACUUUCUAUUCUCAUGGCUCGUUGGCGUAAUCAUUGGUGCGCUCUUUUCUGCAUACCUGGUAAAGGUCUUAAUUAAGCGUUACUUUGUGCUACUCAGCAGCUUCUUAGUUGUAGUGGCUGGCAUUUUGUACACCGCCUGCCCAUAUGAUAACAUGGCACUGCUCGCAGCGCGCUACAUAAACGGCAUCGCCACUGGACUAAUCACUGUGCCUUUCAUUGUGCACUGCAGUGAGAUAAGCGCCACGCGGAAACGCGGCAUCGAACUGGGACUCGAACAACUUUGCAUUACUUUAGGCGUAUUCAUACAAGCCACUUACAUAUCACUGUGGAAUGCAGGGAACACCUUCUCGCCGUUGCGUAUACAUGGCAUCUUCUGUUUGGGUUUCGGUUUGGGCGCUCUUGGUUUGGCCUAUCUCGUCAUCGAAUCGCCGAUAUUUUAUAUACGUCGGGCCAAUGAUGCUCAAGCAAUGAACUCGUUGACAUGCCUGCAAUUGCCCACCGUUUUGUCGGAUGAGAAGAAGUUGUUAUUGGAGGAACAUAAGAAUUAUGUGAUGUUGAAUGAGUAUUUCGGUACUAGCAAUAGUUUCUUGCGUGGCUUAGCACCUUUGCUAAGAAUGACUUUUUAUCGCGCCGCUCUGGCUUUCUCCUUUUCAUUACCCUACAAUAAUCAACUGUAUUUCGUCAUGUAUAUGGGUGUGGGCGGUCAGUGGACAGGGCCCGUUUCUACUGCGCUACGUUUUUUAGGUGCCUGCACUGCCGUAUCCAUGCUGGACAUGAUCGGACGUAAAAUUGUCGGUCUAAUGGGACUGUUGGUAAUGGGUGGUAUCGGUAUUGGUAUUGCCGUAAUAUUUGCAUAUUUCUCUAAUUGGCGGCAAGAGGACCAAAUGAGACUGGCUUGCGUGCUCCUGCUAAUAUUUCAAUAUUUCGCUGGCUUAUAUGCGCCGACGACGUCCGUUUAUCUUGGCGAAGCCUUCCCGAUGCUCAUGAAACCAUUUCUCAUCACAUUCUGCAUCUGCGUGGAAUGCGUGGUGCACAUCAUCGUCAUUUGUACAUUUAAAUUCGAUGUGCAUCCAAUUUUUGUGUUCAAUACUUUUACGUAUGUUUUAAUGUUCUUCUGCUUUCUUCUGUUCCUUAUUACAAUACCCGAGACGAAGUUAACGACUCUAAGUGAGGCGCAGGAAAGAUUCCGCUUAUGGAUCAAUUUAAAAUCUUGGUAGAAUUUAUUAUUAAUUUUACCGUUAGAAUUGCUAUUUAAUUAAUUGGUUUAAAAAAUUCAUUACAUGUAAAAACUUAUUUUAGAUAUUAUAACAAAAUCAUUUUUAUAUACGUAAUACUUAU